UGGAGUCUGUGUUUUGUUCCACCCAGAUCAAUAUUUGAAAAGGAUGGACAAAAAGAAAAUACCAGCAAAAAAGAGAGUACGGGUUCCCACCCAGAAAAUGAAGGACCUGCAGAACUCCCCUCCACCAAAUGAGCAAUCUGGGUGUUUUGCAUUUGUCAGAUGGGAGGAUGGUUAUACUGCCAAAAUCUUUACACGAUUUGACAUAUUGGCAAGAGAUGAGGCUCCUGUGCAGCUGCAAGAUCUUAGAUCAGGAGAUCCUGUUUUAGCAAAGUGGUCAGAUGGUAAAUUUUAUAGGGCCACUGUUGAAUUUAUUUCAGAGGGAGAUCAGGCUAAUCCACCAAAAAGCCGCCAAACUCCACAGGAGUCUUUUUUAAAUAUGCUAAAGGAUGAUGAGCCAUUAGACUCAACGUCAGGGUCUGACACCAUCAUAAUAGAUAGGAGUCCACUGUCUGAACAUGGUGAGCCAAUCACUGCGCCGAAUCCAUCACCUGAUGGGGGACAUGUAACAGGCCGCAGCACCGCUGGCCCACCAUCCUAUAGCUCUAACAAAGGGGACACCAUUGGUCCAUCACCCUAUGGAGGCAAUACAGCCAGACCAUCACCAUAUGGCCUCAACACUUCUCAUCCAUCUCCUUACGGAGGUCAUAGACCCAGCCCAUCACCGUAUGGCCUCAACAGCUCUGGUCUAUCUCUCUACGGUGGCCAUACAACCAGCCCAUCAACAUAUAGCCUCAACACCUCUGGUCCAUCUCCCUACGGAGAGCAUACACCCAGCCCACCACUGUAUGGUCAUGACACCCCGGGUCCGUCAUUCUAUGGAGGCCAUAAACCCAGCCCAUCACUGUAUGACCUCAACACCUCUGGUGCUUCACCCAGCGGAGGCCAUGCAGUUGGCUCUAGUGGGGUCAAUCCACCUGACAGAGGAAAAGAACCAGACAGGAAAGAUGCAGGCAGCUCAUCUGACAAGAGCAACAUCCAAUAUGGACAGCAGGCUGAAAAUGCAUGGACACCAUGUGAUGGCUGUAAGGGGGAGGUCGAAAGAAUCCAACGUGAAAAAAGAAGGAUCGAUGAAGUCAUCUCGAGAAUAGAUCCAGACCAGGUCAGAGAGCUGCAGACUCUUUGCGAUCUCAUUGGAGAGAGACAUCGUGACAGCCCAUCUUUAACAUCAGGCCAGCAGGAGCUGUUCCCUGGGAGCGGUGUGUUCAUCUCAUCGUUUCGCCUUGCUGCCAUGAAUCACGCAUCAAAACCACAUUGCAUGCGUCUGUUUCAUGCACUUUUUGAUCAUUUCUUCACCGUUGAGGAGUGUCAAAAUGCAGUCCCCUUUGGUCGCCCUGGCAACCCCUCUGGAAAGGAAGGAAAGCGGGUCCUUGACCGUAAAAAAGUUGAUGGAAUCAUAACUUAUGUCCUGAGAUGUGCUACUCUACCUGGUUGGGACCAAAUCGAGGAGGCCAAGCUCAAGAAAGCCUUUGUUAACAAAUGUAGGGCCAGAGCAGGUUCUAAGGAGUAGGCCACUGCUAUAGUCUACACCCUUUCGUUUUGUUGUUGUUCUUUGUUUGUUUUUCAG